AUGUAUUUCAGAUAUGGGAACUCCCACGGCAACGGUAGCUGUGUUGGCUCACGCUCAUGUGUUUCCUCUUGCAUUCUGCUCUCUUGCACUUUCGAAUUCUUGAAGCUUUCCCGGAUGAAAUAUUCGGAGAUAAAGCCAAGUUCAUCGCCCGAGUCGAACCCACGAAGCCAUCGUCUCCAGGGCCCAGAAUGCAGCCGUGACGCCGAACAAAAUCAAACUUGUUACCCUCCAGAGAAUCCGCUCAAGCUGAUUGGAGAAGGCGAAAUUCCAACCGGCUAUGUGCAUCCCGGUGAACAGCAGUGUGGCGAAGCGGACGCAGUAUUCCUGGGCACCGUUAUUUACCUCAACCGUGUCACCUUGAUCUGGUUUCAAGAUGUAGGUAUCCCCGAGCAAUGGGGCUUCCUUCUUAACCAGGUCACUCCUUUCACGCUCGACACACCGGAUGGGGAGACGCUGCACGCUUGGCAUAUCCUGCCCCUAGGCCUCUACCAGAAACACGAGCAACGACUCGUCGAGGAGCCGUCAGGCAUCGCGCCCGACAUUUCAAAGACUCUCGGAUUCGAGCUCCUGCGCGAUGAUCCUGACGCCCCAUUGGUUAUUUAUCUUCACGGUGCGGCCAGCACUCUAGGCUCCGGCUGGCGACCCGCAAGCUACCGCGCAAUAUACGCCGCAUCGCCGAGGAACAUCCAUACUGUGGCCAUCGAUUACAGAGGAUUUGGCGCCAGCUCUGGCACACCCUCUGAGGAGGGUCUUUUGACAGACGCUCUGACACUGGUUAAUUGGGCCUUGAAGGAGGCACGAAUUCCUCCCUCGCGGAUUGUCAUCUUUGGCCAAUCUCUCGGUACUGCAGUGGGCAUUGCUUUGACAGAAUAUUUGGCAGCGCUCCCUCAGCCUAUACUUCUUUCAGGCAUGGUCCUCGUGGCUCCCUUUGCGGACGUUGAGCUCCUUACUGCUACAUACAGAGUAGCUGGCACGAUCCCACUGCUGGAUCCCCUUGCGCACUUCCCGUGUCUUCUCGCUCUCCUCAACACCUUCAUCCUCAGCACAUGGCCCAGCAAGGAUAAGCUUGCAAGCUUUAUUCGUCGAGUAGAAAGCUUACCCGAUGACGGUGCAAGAUAUCACAUAAACAUUAUUCACGCUGAGGACGACUACGACAUUCCGUGGUCCCACAGUGAGCAGGUGUUUUGGCACGCCGCCAAUGCCGCCACGCCCAUGGGAAUAAGCUACGAAGACCUCGAGAAGGAAAAGGAAAGCAACAAGCAGCAUCUCGGUGCUGGUGGCUGGGUUGCCACAAAGCAGGGCAAGAGGGGGCUCAUCAGGGAAGAAAUCGUGAAAUGGGGCCUGCAUGAUAAGGUUAUGUCUUAUCCAGUGGUCAGCUUGGCCAUUUUGAGAGCCUUUGAGGCUGGCGAAGCGGGGAACUGA